GUGUCAAUACACCCGACCCUGAGCCUUGGAUACAGGGGUAGCCCAACGACCCCACCAACGGCGGCGGCUUCGGUUUGUUUUGUUUGAUUGGGGCGAUAGCGGGCACUAUUUGCUCCCAGCUCCCAGUCCAGGUCCCCAGGAAAUUUGAAUCGAUUUGAUUUGAUUGCCAACGAAACGAAAUUGAUGCCAUCGCGGCAGCAACCGUCGCUUUUUCGUCCUUUCCUUCUACUACCAUCAUACUUUUUAAUAUCUCUGUCUGGAAUCACCACACGUUGGCCUCCUGACAACCGACUUUGUGCACUCUCCCUGCAUAUUCCUUUGCAGCUUUUCAUAUUCCUAGAAGCUUUGCGCCCAGUGCUAAUCUACAAAGAUGGGUGAAUCUCGGUGAGUGCCAAUAGCCUUGGAAUACGGCCCCCAUCUCAUGCCUCGUUGGCGUGGCAUGAUCGGGCCAUCACGAUGUCGCAGAAGCUGAUUCCGAUAAACAGACAAGAGCUCAUUGCAUGGCUC